ACAAAGUACAGUGCCGAUAACAUCACUCUAUUGCAUACUAUUUGAAUUUCAUCUUUUCCGCAAGGGAAGAAUCGAAGAGAGACAGGCGAUGGGGGGUCCGAUAGGGUUUGGGAUCAUGGGAUGCGCGGAAAUUGCCCGCAAGCUUUGCCGCGCCAUCGGCAUUGCCCCUAACGCCACCGUCGUCGCUGUCGGCAGCCGAUCCCCCGACAAAGCCCGAAAGUUCAUCGCCGACAACGGCCUCCCGGCGACUACUCGCGUUCACGGCAGCUACGAGGCUCUGCUCGACGAUCCAGACGUCGAGGCCGUCUACGUUCCGCUUCCAACGAGCCUUCACGCCCACUGGGUUAUCGCCGCCGCCGGCAAGGGCAAGCACGUGCUUGUCGAGAAGCCGCCGGCCCUUAAUACCGCGGAGCUUGAUCGGAUUCUCGAGGUCUGCCAGAUUAAUGACGUCCAGAUUAUGGACGGAACUAUGUGGAUGCACCACCCCCGCACUGCCAAGAUGCGAGACCUCCUCUCUGAUCCCAAUCUUUUUGGCCAAGUCAAAAGGACUAACAGCAUAUUUUGCUUCAAUGGAAGCCCUGAUUUCCUACAAAAUGACAUCCGGGUGAAGCCUGAUCUUGACGGCCUUGGAGCUCUCGGUGAUGCAGGCUGGUACUGCAUCAGUUCAAUUUUAUGGGCAAAUGACUACGACCUUCCCAAGACUGCCAUUGCAUUUCCCAACCCUGUUAAGAACGAAGCUGGAGUGGUUCUAUCUUGUGAUGCAUCCUUGCACUGGGAGGAUGGUAGGGUUGCAACAUUUCACUGCUCCUUUUUGGCCAACCUCACUAUGGAUUUGACUAUCAUUGGAUCAAAAGGAACACUGCAUCUGAAUGACUUCAUCAUUCCUUUCGAAGAGAGUUCUGCAAACAUUACCUUUGCUUCUGAUUCUUUGUUGAAUGAUGCCGUUACCGCAUGGGCAACAUUGUCCCAAAAGCAUGUUGUCUCUACCGAUCUGCCCCAGGAAGCUCUAAUGGUUACCGAGUUUUCCAGAUUAGUUUCUGAGAUAAAAGAAUCUGGAUCGAAGCCUGACUAUAAAUGGCCUACCAUUAGCAGGAAGACUCAAGUUGUCUUGGAUGCAGUGAAAGCUUCUAUUGACAGUGGAUCCAAGCCUGUUCAGAUUGUUUUCUGAGGUCUUACCGUAUUGAGCUUACAGUUGCUCCAGGUUUGUCCUUAUGGCUUUCUAGUAUUGCUGUGACAUAAGAAUAGUCAUCGAUUGAAUAAUCCUUGCUUGGAUGCAAUGAUUUGUCUCCACCAUUAGUUGAUAGUCGUACUUCCAGUUUGAAGUACGAUGAAAAUGAUUUUUCAUGUUCAGCUUGAACUUCACCUAGUUGAGAUUGAAUGACCUUAUCUUUCAAGUUGAGAACUCUUGAUGUUUGUUUUUUCUCAUCUUUUGUUGUCUAUUAUGAUUUGAGGAAUUUAAUUGUUGAACAUGUUAUAUAAACACUACCAUCUAUUAUGCAUAUGAAAAGCUGAGGUCAU